AUGGUCAUCAUUCUCAUCGUGGAAAUCACUGUCGCCACAGUGGUCCUUGCCUUCUUCCCGAUUGUUAGAGAAGUGGCCUUGGAGCACAACUUUGUGACCCAGAAUUACAGAGGUUACAACAUGGAUGACUAUUCCCUGGAAUGGAAUUUGGUCAUGGAGAAGAUGAGAUGCUGUGGCAUGAAGGACUACACAGAUUUUCCAUCCUUCGAAAGGAUGACUGGCCACACCUACCCCAGGGGCCGCUAUAAAUCUAUCGGGACCAUGGCCUGCGACGGGCACAACGUGUCUGCAGGUGUCAUCCACCAGGAAGGCUGUUUCCCUAAGCUCCUGAAAAUAACCAAGACUCAGAGCAUCAACCUGAGCGGAGGCUCUCUGGGGGCGGCAGUGAUACAGGGAUUGAACCUGGGUCACAGCGUGAAAGUGCUGAAUCAUAACCACUAG